CACUUAAUAUCUGACGUAUCAUUAAACACUGCACGUGCCGCUGAAGAGUCUGCUAAAGCGAUGCUACGUGAAAACUAAUUCUAGUAUUAGAAAGUUAUUGUAAUGGAUCUCUGAUGCUCAACAAGUGUCAAUAAUAUAGUGGAACAAGGAAAGACAUACGGGAAAAUAAGUAGCCAUAUAUACAAGAGAUAGUGAUAACAAGAAUUGCAAGAUAUGGAUUUUACGUUCGAAUGGUAAAGAUAUACAAGUUCGAGCAUACAAAACGCAAAUCAAAGAAAACAGAAAGAGACCUGCAGUUGUAUCUCGGAUAACAGCAAUGGCAUGAGCAGUAACCUCCGUUUUAUCAGCCAACACUUAAAUCAAUAUAAAUAUAUCACAACAUAACAAACGAAACUCAUGACGCUACGAGGCAAGAAUGGAGAAUAUUUCACACAAAAUUAUCUACUAUUAUUGUCUAUUAAUAUUGGAAAUAUGUGUUCUCUCCAAUGGAGCUAUAAGAACGAAAAUUGUACAUCAUUUGGAAAAUCAUAAAUUUGCUUCUGAAGAGUACUUAGAUCCUGAUAUUGAUGAAAGAGAUAGUGGACUGGAACCUCCAAUUUCUCCGUUAGAUGAACCAUUUCAUAAGAACACUUAUUUACCUAUUCCUAUGCAUACAAAUGUUUCAGAUAAAUUAGAUCCAAAUAUUAAAUGGGAUCAAUUGUGGGGUGUUAAUUUGAAUUUUGGACAAAUAUCAGCAGUAACAAUUGAUCCAUAUGGAAAUAUUGGUAUUUUUCAUAGAGGAGAACGAAUUUGGGAUGCCUCCACUUUUGGAAGUGACAAUAAAUUUAUUACUGGUAGAGGACCAAUAAGAGAUAAUACAAUUAUUCUUUUGGAUAAGAAUGGUAAGGUACUAAGAGAAUGGGGUAGAAAUAUGUUCUAUCUUCCACAUGGUAUGACAAUAGACUCUUUAGGAAAUUAUUGGAUAACAGAUGUUGCUAUGCAUCAAGUUUUUAAAUUCGAUGCUAAAGAUCUUGAACAACAUAAGCAACAAAUGAGAAGAAGAUAUAAUCAGCGAACUAGUAUGUCAGAAACAAUUGACAUUAAUAAUUUAUUUGCAAAUAGCUUAGUAAAGCCUUCAUUGAUUUUGGGUGAAGCUUUUCAACCAGGAAAUGAUAAUAUUAGAUUUUGUAAACCAACUGCGACAGCUAUUCAAAGUAACGGAGAUUUUUUUGUUAGUGAUGGUUAUUGUAAUUCCCGAAUUAUUAAAUUCAAUAAAAAUGGUGAAAGAAUACUACAAUGGGGAAGAACUUGGGGUUUUGAAGGUAAACCUUUAUAUCAGAAUCCACCACCAUCGAAUGCAUUCCUGGUACCUCACGCUCUUGCACUUGCUGAAGAAUAUGAUUAUAUAUUCAUUGCAGAUAGAGAAAAUGCAAGAAUAUCUUGCAACUUUGCUAGUAAUGGAUCAUUCCAUAGAGAAUAUAAGAAUGCUAUUUUAGGAGAAGCAAUUUACAGUAUUGCUUAUGCUAAAGAUCGACUUUAUUUAAUCAAUGGAAAUCGAUUAUCAGAAGGGACACAUGUUAGAGGCUUUGUAUUAAAUAUACAUACUGGAGAAAUUUUGUCACAAUUUGGGCCUCAUAUGGACAUGAGUAAUCCUCAUGAUAUAGCAGUUACAUUUGAUGAACGUGAAAUAUACGUGGUUGAACUUAAUGUGCAUAAAAUAUAUAAAUUUAAUCAAGAUACAAAAAAUUUGAAUUUUUCAUUAAAAUUAGUUCAAUCAAAAAAUACUACAGAAGCUCAUUCAACACUAUUGCAGGAUGGCAGCAUUGUACAAUCUAAAAAAUCAUCUCAAAAAACGCUUGUAAUAGUGGCAAUUAUUACGGCAUUAUUUUUUAUUGGCUUCUGCAUCUUUUUGGCAGCCCUCCUAGCGAGAUAUCAAAAAAGAGCAGGAUGCUUUUUUCCAAUCUACACGAGACGGGCAAACUGGGAUGUCGAAAAGGACAACUUCAAGCUUAAAAAUCUUUUAGAACCAAGUAAAAGAUUGAAGUUUUUUGAGGGAAGACCAAAUACUCGAGAUUUUAGCAAAUUAAAUACAGAACCUGAGACAUCAGAUGAUGAAAUUUUGCAAAACAGCUUAGAAAAACUUGUUUAAUAGAAAGUAAUUGCAUAAUAUAUUUUGAGAGAAAAUUAUAUAGAAAAAAAAGU